ACGCAUGGCUGUGUAUGGUGUGGGAAUACCCUGCGAAGUCUGUACAGCCUGUGAAUUUCAAUAUCCUUCUGAAGAGGAUUUCAGACAAGCUGCACGACUGCUUCUCAGCUGUGGAAUACAUUGAAGCGAAGGGCUGCUGAGAUAGAAUGGAAAUCAGACUCUGCCUUUCAGAACAUGCAGCAGCAACAACAGCUCGUGACAUCUAACAUUCACCAGAUACAAGCUGACCGAAAAGUUACUUCCAUUUUAUUGCUUUCCGAACACGAUGGCCAAAAUGUCGGGCUUUAAGCUGCCCUUUCUGCGCUGUGUUCAAAAUGAUUUGGCAGGAAUAAAACUUGAAGAUUUGUGUACAUAACACAUACUCCUGGGAAUGGACCAAGUUUUCUAUCGACUAGAACAAGAUUCUCAGUUCAAGUCAAAGUACUUCUAUCAUGACGUUGGAGAAGUUAUGAAGAGGAAAAAGACAUUCUGGAAUUGUUUGUUUCCAUUUUCCUGGACGAUGGAUGGAGAGACUUUACCUUCGACAAUGUUACCCACGCUGAACGCCUCCUAUGGCUCCUCAAUGACUCUGGAACAAAAGACCACGUUUGCCUUUGUCAUUUUACUAUUUAUCAUUUUAGGUGUCCUCAUUGUUAGGUGUUUCAGGAUCCUUCUUGACCCAUACAGGAGUAUGCCAACUUCUACCUGGGCAGAUGGAGUAGAUGGACUGGAAAAAGGACAGUUUGACUAUGCUCUUGCAUAGUGUUUAAAGCCAUUAGUGCUUUUCUGGACUUGAUGUGAUGAAAUUAAACAUAGGGCUGUAAAUCAGUUGUCCUGAAUACAGAGAAGAAAAUAGUUUUUGUAGUUGAGAUCCAUAUCUAAAACAUUAGUGUUACAGGGAUUUUUUACAACCACGUUUCCAAUACUCUUGUUUUAAAUUAAAUGUGUAGAGCACUGGUGUAAGAUAAAACACAACAAUUCUAGAUUCUAAGAUUCACUGUGGGUUACAGUCAAGAUUCUUAAAAUUAUUAAAGUGAUUCCAUAAAGGCCAUGGUCUAAAAAUAUUUUCAGGUGUGUUAUCCUGAAUUAGGCACCAUCAUGCCCACAACCACUAUUUCAAUUGUUACAUCAGAAAAAAUAAUAAUAAGUGCACUCUUCCCAUAAACGACUCUCUUUCUCUAUCCUCAGCAGUGCCUACCUAUUGUUUGAUGUUUAGAAAACGAGUAUGCUGACGACUUCUACUGUUGGGCAUCACUAACUUUUUUAAGGAAAUGCAACGUCAUCACUAUUUUAGGUGUUUUUUAUGCAGAUUCUGUGUAGCUGUAGAAAAUUUUACUGCUUUUAUAUAGAUGUGUGUGCUUUAUUUCCACCACUCUUGCUGGGGUGCAGGUAAAGUUCUUGGAGACUCAAUAAAAAUAUGAACCAAU